UUUCUUUGUGUUUCCUCCCCAUUCCUCUCCUUUGGUUCUGGAAGCAAGAAGGUGGGAAAUUUUUUGUCCAGAAGAAGCCAGGCAAGUUUUGAUUGCGGCAGUCGAUCCAUUAACCUAUUCAUCGAUCCGUUUGAGGGACAAAAGGGGAAGUCUUUGGAGCAAGCGAAAAGAGGAGGAUAUGGUGUGAUGAGGGUGGGGAAGAAGGAGAAGGACGAGGGAGGAGAAGAUGGCGAGAGAAGGGAGAGGAAAGUGGGGUUUGGGUUUGAGUUCAGGUCUAUGCUCCUACAAGAGAACCACUCUCAUUGUUUGCCUUCUCAACAUUGUUAUUGCUCUCUAUGUUCUUCGCUCUCUCUAUGCUUCUCUCUAUGUUUAUUCCAAUAACGGUAACGUUGUAGAGUACUCUCCAGAUCAGAUUAGGAAAAUGGAAGAAUCAAUCCGGAUUCGAAGAGCAAGUGAACCUAUACAACUUCUUAAAUUGGUGAAGCAACUAAAGCAUGAGUUUUCCAAAGAAAACUCAGUGGUUGAAUUGCCACGGGCAGUUAAGCAGAGGAUAACUGAUGAGGUUCUGCAGAGGUUGAGAGGCUUGAAAGCAAAUGCUAAUAUGAGUGAACAGCGGGAAGCAGUUGAACGCUGGCGCACAGAGAGAUUAGAAGAUGCCAAAAAGUUGGCUAUUGUAAGAGAGGGACUGAAUUCAACUCUUUCACAAGAAGAAGCUGGGAUUCUAGUAAGAGCCUUGGAGUCUGAUUGGGCUGUUCUGUCAGAAGAUGUAGGGCUUUGGAUACCUGAUGAAAUUAUUCAUCAGGAACACGAUGAUAAACCUGAGGGUGUGGAAGAUAUUGACAUGGAACAAAUUUUAGCUGGAAGGUCACUUCCACCAGAAUGCCAUGCUGAACUUCAUACAGAUUAUGAUGGAGGCGCUGUUAGGUGGGGCCUUACACACCAUAAAGAAAGUGCAGCUGACUGCUGCCAGGCUUGUUUAGAUCAGGCAAAAAAUGCAAAACCACAUGAAAAGAAAUGCAAUAUAUGGGUUUACUGUCCAUCAGAAACUGGUUGCUAUUCCCCCGAUAUAUACGAACACAAGCACAUGGAGUGCUGGCUGAAAUCUUCUGAAAAGCCCAGACUGAACUUCAGAGACCGGUAUUCUGAAUCAUAUAGAAGCUCCCAUCCAACUGCUCCGGUGAGGGUUCCUUGGGUCUCUGGUGUUGUUAGCUUAUGAACAGAUUGAUGCGACAAACAAACAGUGAGUCUGAAGAGGAGUGUAUACUUUGGGCUGCAGAUGUCUUCCACGCUGUAGAACUUCUUAAGAAAUACAAAGCUGGUUCUACUGAAAUCCUUAUCAGGCUCCAGUGGACGUCCAGUGAAACUUUUGAUGUUUGCUUGUUUUACAUUUUGACAAUUGAUUGCGGGGGAACGGGGAAAGGGGUUUUGUUCCACAUUCUCACUUAGUUGAUAGUCACACAGGUCUUAUUUUUUGGACUGUCCAACAUCAAUGGCGGUUCUGGCAUUGAUGAUUUCAAACAAUGAAAUUCAGUGUCUGUCCCUGGUAGAGGUUAUAGCAAGACAUGAGAAGCUUUCUUUAUGUAUUAUUAAUGACAAUGAGAAAAGAAAAAUGUUGUAACAGAGAGGGUAUUCUUAAUUUCUUAUGAGCAACUAGCAAACUGGAAUGUUAUAUUAUUUUAUACUGUUUUUCAAGGAUUUUUUAAUCAAUAAAUUUGUAUAAA